AUGUUACCAGUGGCCGGCACCGACAACACCACCGCAUCCCUCGAGCCGAAUAACGGGCCAAAAUCAGAUGCGGACGAGUCCGUAAUACCGACCGAGUAUCAAACUUCGAGCAUAAAGUCUAUGCUCAAACCACGAUCCAAGACAUCUUACGAGUACAAGUUCUCUUUUAUGCCUGGGUUUUUCGUAGAUUACGUAAAGGCCGCUGAGCUUUAUCCUGACGCCAAAGUUCAAACUCUCCCAAACCUUGGGAUUACAGGACGGGGGUAUGGCGCCGCGCCUGAGGGUCCGUCCAGUGGUGAACAACGGCCUUCGUGGAGGGGGUUUACAGAAUAUUUACAAGGGCUCAAUGAAAGGAAUGAGCAUGGUGAGUCUUACAAAUUGUUGUUUUUAAUUCGGCAUGCGGCCGGAGUACACAAUAUCUUCAUGGAGCAAGUUGGCACGGAUGCAUGGAACGAUUACUGGGCUCAUCUUGAGGGUGAUGGCAAGGUCAUCUGGCUCGAUGCCCGUGCUGUGGACUCCGGAAUUGUCGAGGCUCAGAGGCUCGCGCAGUUCUGGAUUGACGGCGUUCAGAACGACGAUAUGCCCCUUCCGGGGACCCUGUACACGAGUCCUCUAGCCCGUUGCCUAGAGACUACCAGGCUUGUUUAUGCCCCCGUGUUUAAGAGUCAACAGCGAAGUCUCCAGCCUGUAGUAAAGGAGCUUUUGAGGGAACGACUUACAGGCCACACAUGCGACAAACGCAGUACCAGGUCCUGGAUAGCAAAGGCAUUCCCCGAGUGCCAAAUCGAACCUGGCUUUGCAGAGUCUGAUUCGCUCUGGAGAGCCGACUACUUAGAGACUCCAGAAGACCACGUCGCACGGAAACGCGAACUCCUUGAGGAGAUAUUUUCGAACGACGAUUCCCCAUUUAUCUCGUUAACAACGCACUCAUACGCCAUUUCCGCAAUCCUCAAGGUGGUUGGCGCGCCAAAAUUCCGAGUAGCAGAGGCUGCUAUGGUACCUCUUUUUAUAAAGGCUGAGAAGAUCGCGGCUGGGGCUCCAUGA